AUGACCAGGUCCUCUAAGGGCAUACCAAUUGACCUAGACCUUGAAAUAGAAAGGACCCUUAGGAAGCAAAGGAAGGCUAGAGAGUUAGAGCUUCGGAUACCUGAUAAUCCUCCUGCCUCUUCUGCCACUGCAUCUGAUAUUCCUUCUAUUUCUAUACCUACCCCUGACUUAAACACAAUGGCGGGUGAAGAUCCGCACAAGCACCUCAAGGAAUUCCAUGUUGUCUGCUCCACAAUGAGGCCACAAGGAGUUGAUGAGGAGCAGAUAAAACUUAGGGCCUUCCCAUUCUCAUUGGAUGGAGCUGCAAAGGAUUGGUUAUACUACCUACCACCUGCUGCCAUCACAAGUUGGGAUGGGCUAAAAAGGAUCUUUUUGGAGAAGUUCUUUCCAUCAUCCCGAACAGCCGCCAUUCGAAAAGAAAUUUGUGGCAUAAGGCAGAAUCAUGGGGAGACAUUACAUGAGUAUUUGGUGGAUGCAGCUAGUGGAGGAGCCCUCUCUGAAAAGACACCAGCAGCUACUCAAGAGCUAAUCUCCAAGAUGGCACAGAAUGCCCAACAGUUUGGUACCAGGUCAGCCACUCCCAUGAGACAAGCCAAUGAGAUUGGUGUUGCUACCAUCAAUGACCAACAGAGGAUAGAGAACAAACUGGAGGAAUUGGCCUCCAUGGUCAGACAGUUAGCCCUUGAUAAAGGACAGUCCAAAUCUCAGCAGGAGAAUACAGAAGCCUGUGCUGGCAUUUUUCCAGGAAGACCCUUCCAGCCACAGCAACAAAGAUAUGAUCCAUAUGCUGCCACCUAUAAUCCAGGGUGGAGAGAUCAUCCAAAUUUGAGGUAUGGAGGUCCUUCCAACCAGCCAUUCCAGCCACAGCAACAGCAACCUCAGCAGCACAGAUUCAAUGCACAAAGACCAAGUCAAUCAAUGCAGCAACCCCAACCAGCUCCUAAAUCCGAAUCAAGCUUGGAAGAUAUCAUGAAGCAGCUCAUUGCCAACAAUCUCCAGUUUCAGCAAAUGACCGACACUGCCAUACAAAAUUUGGAGACACAGAUUGGACAGCUGGCAACCAACAUCAGUGAGCUACGGAGUCAAGGAUCGGGUCAGUUGCCUUCACAACCAGUUUCAAAUCCAAGGGGCAAUGUAAGUGCUAUCGUUCUCCGCAGUGGCAAGGAGUUAAGCAGCCCACCCUCUCCAUAA